UUCUCCAUUACUCUCUCAAGCUAGCCAUGUCUGCAGUGGAGGUUAGAGUGCCAAACUUGGACUGUGAAGGAUGUGCUUCAAAGCUGAGAAAGGCUCUGUAUAAGCUAAAAGGAGUGGAGGAGAUAGAGAUAGAUAUGGAGACUCAGAAGAUAACGGUGAGAGGAUAUGGUUUAGAGGAGAAGAAGGUUUUGAGAGCGAUUAAACGGACAGGGAAAGCGGCCGAGCUAUGGCCUUACCCGACCCAUCAUCAUUUCUCUUCCUUUUACAAGUACCCGACACAAAUUAUUGGACAUUACUAUGAUACGUCCAGGAACGUUGCUCCUUCCAAUGUCUACUCUUUUUUUCAUACGCCCUCUGUUUACUCCGUCGCUAUUGCUUCUGAUGAAGCCGUAGCUUCUAUUUUUAGCGACGAUAACCCUCAUGCUUGCACUAUUAUGUGAUUGAUUACUUAUCAUUUCUCCUUAACAGCCCAAUUUUGUUCUUAUUAUUUCUUAUCUGUGUAAUGUAAGCUUGCUUUAUUUUGUUCACCACAUUAUUAUUAUUUUAUUU